AUGAAUUCAGACAAAAAACUAUCACUCGAAAAUGUGUUUACAAAACGAAUAAAUCCUCAAAUUGCAAAUGUAAAUUUUUCUUUACGUAAACAGAAAAUUCAAAACUAUAAUCCUUUUAUAAUACAAUUUCAAUCUAAAUCAACUUCAACCCAAAUAGAAAUAAUUCAAAAGAUUACAUAUGAAUGGAAAAAACUUAAUAAUGAAACACAAAAAAUCAAAAUAACAGGUCGCCAAGGUCACGAUGGGUUUCUUGUAUUUGCAAUAGACCAUCCGUCAUUCAAUAAUCUAAUAAUAGAGCAAUCGCCACAAACAAUUGGUAAUAUUCGAAUCAAUGUAAAACAAACUCCAAUAUUACCAUCUGAACAUUCACUUAUAAUACAUCGCGUCUUCAAGGAAUGGGAUAUCACGGAUAUACAAAACAACUUAAAAGAAAAAUAUCCAUAUUUUAGAAAAGCAACAAGAAUUAUGGGCAAAAAUGGAAUUCUAACGCAAAUGAUUAGAACAGAUUUUAGUACGUCAAAAUCAGUUCAACAAUUACUAAACGAAGAAUGUGUAUCAAUAGGUCAAAGUAUACAUCAAGUUAGAUCAUAUUUUGCUUCUGUAUGA